UGUGAGAUCGGGGAGCUGAAUGUCGUCAAGAUGUUGUUUGAGAAGGGUGCUACUAUGAACAUGAAGGCAUCUGAUGGAAGUACUCCUCUUCUGAGAGCAUGCAGAGGAAACCCUAAUGUUGUCUCGUAUUUGCUGAAGAAAGAAGCCAGUGUGAACCAAGCCUCAACAUUUACGGGAGACACAGCACUUCAUAUAGCAGCAGAACGUGAAUCUGCAGAGUGUGUUGAUAUGUUAUUGAAGGCUGGAGCUGAUGUUAAUGUACAGAAUAAUACAGGUGACACGCCACUUCAUAGAGCAGCAGGAUGGGGCUCUUCAGUGUGUGUUGAUGUGUUACUGAAGAGAGCAGCAGACCAGGAAUCGACAGAUUGUGUUGAUGUGUUACUGAAGGCUGGAGCUGAUGUUAAUGUACAGAAUAAUACAGGUGAAACACCACUUCUAAGAACAGUAUGCCGUAGAUCUACGGAGUGUGUUAAUGUGUUACUGAAGGCUGGAGCUAAUGUCAAUGUACAGGACAAUGCAGGGGACACACCACUUCAUAGAGCUGUAUUGAAGUAUGUAUCUACAUUGUGUUUUAAUGUGGCACUGAAGGCUGAAGCUGUUGUGGGUGUAAAGAAUAAUACAGGAGACACAUAUCCUCUUGACGGAACUGGCCAUGGUUCUACAGAGUGUGUUGAUGAGUUAUUGAAGGCUGGAGCUGAUGUGAAUGUAAAAAACAAUAGAGGUUGUACGCCACUUUAUACAGCUGUAAUGUAUGGAUCUGAAGAGUGUGCUACUAUGUUACUGAAGGCUGGAGCUGAUAUUAACCUUCAGAAUGCAGCAGGUGACACACUACUUCAUGUAACAGCAGCGUGGGGAUCUACAAACAGUGUUGAUGUGUUACUGAAAGCUGGAGCGAAUGUUAAUGUACAAAAUAACACAGGCGACACGGCAAUUCAUCAAGCAACAGGACGGGGAUCUACAGAGUGCGUUGAUGUGUUACUGAAGGUUGGAGCUGAUGUUAAUGUACAAAAUAAUACAGGUGACACACCACUUCUUCAAGCAACAGGACGGGGAUCUGUAGAGUGUGUUGAUAUGUUACUGAAGGCUGGAGCUGAUGUUAAUGUACAGAAUAAUGCAGGUGACACACCACUUCUUCAAGCAACAGGACGGGCAUCUGCAGAGUGUAUUGAUGUGUUACUGAAGGCUGGAGCUGAUGUUAAUGUACAAAAUAAUAUAGGUGUAACACCAUUUCUUCAAGCAGUAGGACAGGCACUUCAUAAAGCAGCAAAACGUGAAACUGCGGAGUGUGUUGAUAUGUUAUUGAAGGGUGGAGCUGAUGUUAAUGUACAGAAUAAUAGAGGUAAAACACCACUUCAUAUAGCAGCAAACCGGGAAUCUACAGAUUGUGUUGAUCUGUUACUGAAGGCUGGAGCUGAUGUUAAUGUACAGGAUAAUACAGGUGACACACCACUUCAUAGAGCAGCAGAACGUGAAUCUGCAGAGUGUGUUGAUCUGUUACUGAAGGCUGGAGCUGAUGUUAAUGUACAGAAUAAUGACAAUGCAGGGGACACAGCACUUCAUAGAGCUGUAUUGAAGUAUGUAUCUACAUUGUGUUUUAAUGUGGCACUGAAGGCUGAAGCUGUUGUGGGUGUAAAGAAUAAUACAGGAGACACAUAUCCUCUUGACGGAACUGGCCAUGGUUCUACAGAGUGUGUUGAUGAGUUAUUGAAGGCUGGAGCUGAUGUGAAUGUAAAAAACAAUAGAGGUUGUACGCCACUUUAUACAGCUGUAAUGUAUGGAUCUGAAGAGUGUGCUACUAUGUUACUGAAGGCUGGAGCUGAUAUUAACCUUCAGAAUGCAGCAGGUGACACACUACUUCAUGUAACAGCAGCGUGGGGAUCUACAAACAGUGUUGAUGUGUUACUGAAAGCUGGAGCGAAUGUUAAUGUACAAAAUAACACAGGCGACACGGCAAUUCAUCAAGCAACAGGACGGGGAUCUACAGAGUGCGUUGAUGUGUUACUGAAGGUUGGAGCUGAUGUUAAUGUACAAAAUAAUACAGGUGACACACCACUUCUUCAAGCAACAGGACAGGGAUCUGUAGAGUGUGUUGAUAUGUUACUGAAGGCUGGAGCUGAUGUCAAUGUACAGAAUAAUGCAGGUGACACACCACUUCUUCAAGCAACAGGACGGGCAUCUGCAGAGUGCAUUGAUGUGUUACUGAAGGCAGGAGUUGAUGUUAAUGCACAAAAUAAUACAGGUGACACACCACUUCUUAAAGCCGCAGGACAGGGAUCUACAGAGUGUGUUGAUAUGUUACUGAAGGCUGGAGCUCAUAUUAACGUACAGAAUAAUACAGGUGACACAGCUGGAGCUGAUGUUAAUGUACAGAAUAAUGCAGGUGACACACCACUUCUUCAAGCAAUAGAACAGGGAUCUACAGUUUGUGUUGAUAUGUUACUGAAGGCUGGAGCUGAUGUUAAUGUACAACAUAAAACAGGUGUAACACCACUUCUUCAAGCAAUAGAACAGGGAUCUACAGAGUGUGUUGAUACGUUACUGAAGGCUGGAGCUCAUGUUAACAUACAGAAUAAUACAGGUGACACACCCCUUCUUCAAGCAAUAGAACAGGGAUCUACAGAUUGUGUUGAUAUGUUAUUGAAGGCUGGAGAUGAUGUUUAUGUGCGGAAUAAUACAGGUGACACACCACUUCACGCAGCAGAAGCAGCAGUGCUGGGAUCCGAAGAAUCUGUUUACGUGUUACUGAAGUCUGGAGCUGAUGUGAAUGUACGGAAUAAUACAGGUGACACAGCUCUUCAUACAGCAGCUGGACGGGGAUCUACAGAGUGUGUUGAUGUGUUACAGAAGGCUGGAGCUGAUGUUAAUGCACAGAAUGACACAGGUGACACAGUGCUUCAUGUAGCAACAGGACAGGGAUCUGAAGAGUGUGUUGCUGUGUUACUGAAAGCUGGAGCUGAUGUUAAUGUACAGAAUAAUACAGGUGACACACCACUUCAUACAGCAGCAGGACGGGGAUCUACAGAGGGCGUUGCUGUGUUACUGAAGGCUGGAGCUGAUGUUAAUGUACUCAACAGUUCAGGUCGCACACCACUUGAUAAAGCUGCAGGGUGGGGAUCUACAGAGUGUGUUGCUGUGUUACUGAAGGCUGGGGCUGAUGUUAAUGUACUGAAUACAACAGGUGACACACCACUUGAUAAAGCUGCAGUGCGGGGAUCUACAGA